AUGUUCGCCGAUGAUGACACUUACGACAUGACUUCUAUGGCAGGAGCUCUUGAAACAAAUGAUGAACGGCAAAAAGGAAAUAAUGAUCGUCAACAGGAGAACAAUGUUCUAUAUCCACUCAAAAGGCAAUGGACAUGGUGGUAUUUGAAUGACGAGCGCAAUAAAAACUGGGAAGAACGACUGAAGAAGGUCUACACGUUCAAAGCGCUUCCUGAAUUUUGGGCACUUUAUGAUUCAAUCAGACCACCAAGUGGUUUGAACUCAAUGUGCGAUUACAGUGUUUUUCGCGAUGGAAUACAGCCAAUGUGGGAGGUUCCGGAAAAUCAAAAUGGCGGGCGGUGGUUAAUAAACAUCGAAAAAGGACGACCACCAGAAAUGGUAGACACUAUUUGGUUGGAAAUUCUGAUCGCCUUGAUUGGUGAGCAGUUCGAUCAGGAUAUGGAAUCAAUUUGUGGAAUUGUGUGCAACAUGAGAGGAAAAGGAUCCAAAAUAAGCGUAUGGACAAAAGAUGCGAAUGAUGACGAUGCCAACCUUCGAAUUGGAAUGGUUCUCAAAAAGAAAUUAUUGAAUGCCGAGUUUCCAAAUAAUAUGCAAAGCCCUGUUUUCGAGGUCCUCCGAUACGAAGAUCAUGCCAGUUGUAUGAAAAAGACAGGAUCUGUCGUCAAAGCUAAAUUAUCGAUUAAAUUGUCUUCAUUUGUCAUGGCUGAUGAAACGAAUGCCGAAGAGAACGGAACCACGGCGUUGAAUACUACUCCGUUGUAUCCAUUGAAGAGAGCUUGGUGGUGGUGGUAUUUGAGCGACGAAAAGAACAUGAAUUGGGAAGAAAGGCUCAAACAUGUUUUCACUUUCAAAAGUGUUGGAGAGUUUUGGGCUCUAUAUGAUGCCAUCAAACCACCAAGCGGACUGAACACUUCUUGCGAUUACAGUGUUUUCCGUCAUAAUAUUCAACCUAUGUGGGAGGUUCCAGAGAACCAACAUGGAGGCCGUUGGCUUAUUAAUAUUGAAAAAGGAAGGCCACCAGAGAUGAUUGACCAAAUUUGGUUGGAGAUUUUGAUGGCGCUAAUUGGUGAACAGUUUGGAGAUGAUAUGGACUCAAUCUGCGGAGUUGUGUGCAAUAUGCGCGCAAAGGGUUCUAAGAUCAGCAUUUGGACUAAAAAUGCGAAUGAUGAUGAGGCCAAUAUGAGAAUUGGAAUUGUUUUGAAGCAGAAAUUGUUGAGCCCGGAUAUUCCGAACAACGUUCCAAGACCGCUGUUCGACAUGCUUCGCUACGAGGAUCACGUGAGCUGCCAAUCCAAGACAGGAUCUGGAGUCAAGGCUAAACUUUCGAUUCCCGCAGUUGAUCCGUUGGAGAAACCGGAGUUCAGCGGAUGA